UAAACAAAAUUUCCAAUGUGUUGGUGCAGUUGGUGUUGUAAAUUUCAGUCAUUCCUUGUGACUUUUUCAUGAAAAUUUAUUUUAUUACCUGUACCAUUUCAUGAAUAACUUUUUCGUUUAAAAUGAGUGUUGUUUCUCAGUGUCGGCAACAUAUUUAUUUUUCACUCGGUUUUAUCCUAGGUUUGAUACUAAGUUUAAUUUUUGUUGUAAGAGUCGAAGACGGUUGCAGUUUAUUCUCGCUAGAGAUAAUUUCCCUUGAUUCUGACAUUAUCAGUAAUGUUUUCAAGGAUGAGUUUGAACCAAAAAUCAACUCUGCAGGCAAACCACUGAAGGCUCAGAAAACACCCCAAACGUUAGUUCGUCCACGCUACUUUUCCACAGAGCUUGGAAUCAAAGAAAAGUUGUUUGUUGGAGUAUUGACCACAUACGAAUCUAUUAGCUCUCAUGGCAUAGCUUUUAACAAGACUGUUGGCCACCUAGUGGAUAAAUUAUUAUUCUUCAUCAACGCUCCUGGAUCACAGAAACUAAAUGUUUCACUGUUGAAACUUCCUGGGAUUGUUAGAUUCACAAACACACGAUCUCUUCUGCAGCCUUUCCAUGCAAUAAAGUACAUUUCUGAUAAUUUCAUAGAUGAAUUUGACUUUUUCUUUCUAAUCAAGAGUGAUGCUUAUGUUAAAGCUUCAUCUCUGAAUAAAAUUAUUGAGUCGAUAAGCGUCUCUGAGCAUGUCCACGUUGGUGUAAAGGCCGACCCGAAAUCUUCUUUUUGUUCCUUAGAUUCAGGAUUACUGCUAAGUAAUUCAGUACUGCAAAAACUGCAAUCAGAUUUGGAUUGGUGCGUGAAGAAUAUACUAUCUCACUCUGAUGAUGAAAAUGUUGGUCAUUGUAUUCUGCAUUCAACAAAUUUACCAUGCCAGCAGAAAGUUGAGAGUUGUGAACUGGGGAGCAUCAAACUGAACAAGAAUUUUGAUCUGGAAACUUUGUUAGCGAAUUCUUCAAUGCGAGAAAAGCUAGAAAAAGUAAUUACGAUCCAUCCUCUCGAGAAGCCAUCCCAGUUUUACCAACUUCAUGCAUACUUUUCAAAGAAUGUCAUCAAAGCCUGUGUAUCCAGAGUGGCAGAAAAAUAUGAAGGCCAGUUUGAAUACCAGAAAUUAUUAAAUGGCUAUAAAAAAUUUGAUCCUUCCAGGGGAAUGGACUACCUGUUGGAUCUUAUCUUCAGAGUUAAUACCGAUGGAAAAUAUAUACAUAAACGUUUUGCUGUGUGUAAACCUCUGGGGAAAGUUGAGUUCCUACCGGUUCCUUAUGUAACAGAGAACACCAAAAUCAAUAUAUUGCUUCCAGUUAAACCAGCCGAUAAAGCGCACGCCUUGAAGUUCCUGCAACAAUAUCGGCAAAUGUGCAUGAUGAAAAGGGAUAAAACAUUCCUCAUGAUGGUCCUUCUGUAUGAUUCCACCGUUCCUGGCAAAGGUACUAAGUCAGACGUUUUCAAAAGUCUCAAAGAUACUGCUGUUAAUUACAGCAAGCAGUUCAGUAAGGAUGGUAGUAAAAUAGUUUGGGUUUCUAUCAAGAUUCCAAACAAGGAUCCGUCGUAUCUACCUCAUCAUGAAGCCCUACUUGACUUUGCUAUUGCCGAUUUGGCUCUGAAAAAAUUCAGGUCGGACUCUCUCAUUCUCCUGGCCCAUCUGAACCUGGAAAUAAAGCCAGACUUUUUAAAUAGGGUUCGCAUGAACACAAUUCAAAAUUGGCAGGUGUUCAGUCCAGUUCCUUUUCGAGAAUAUCAUCCUGCUAUUGUGUACGAGGGUGAGCCUCCUGCUGAAGUGGAAUUGAACAAACAAAGUGGUCACUACGAUUCUACCAACACUCAACAUAUAUCUUUCUAUGCUAGUGAUUAUCUCUCAGCGCGGCAAAGCAUUGCAAAAACUAUUCCUCUUGUUCGCUCCGAUAAGAAUAUUUUGGAUCUAUACCAGACAAGCAAUCAAGAAUAUAACAAAAAAAUGGAAAGUCUUAUCGCGGAUACCAUUUACUCAAUGUUCGUUUCUGCAUCAAAUCUCCACGUCUUGCGUGCAGUUGAGCCAGGACUACGAAUCCGGUAUGAACCCAUUGAUUGCCCCUCUUCAGAUGUUACUCAUGAUUCAAAUCUAAAAAGUCUCAUAAAAAAAUGCAACCAUUCAAGAAGUUUUAGUUUUGGAAUGAGAAGUCAACUUUCGAAACUGAUUCUAAGCUUCAAGAAUAAAACGUAAGAAAAAAGUUUUCUGCCAACGAGAGGCUCAUUCUGUACUUCAAGACAAAUGUCAGUAUUUUCAAUGUGUGCAUUCAAACUAAUGAUAUCACACAACCACCGAACUAUUUUGUUAGUUUAUAGACUGACUUCGUUACUACCCAUCUUGCCUUGAGACUGCUUAGAUCCUUAGAUUCUUUUACAGAGAACAUUCUCAAAAUGGAUCUCUAAAGACAGUCGAUAUUUCGUUUUCUCAUCCCUUCUGUUCAGUACAUAAUCUUAUUUUUCUGUGAUCUUUAAAUAUUUUUAAUUUGCUUUCUAUGCCACUUUUUAUAAAACUGCCUUUGGACACAAAUUUUCCGUCAUGCAGUGUGGUCAGUUAGAAUGUAAGUUGACUUAAUCCUUUGUUUCAAGAAGUGCCAAACUUGGUAAAAAUGACAAUUCCGCUCUCCUGAAAAAGUUUCUUCUCAUCACGAAUCGAAUAACAUGGGCUUAAAACUCUUUCCUUUCACUGAAAAGUUUCACAAUCAGUUGAAUGUGUAGUUGAUACUGCAUUGGGAUUUUUUUUCCUGUGUUUGAUACUGCUUGAAACAAGCAAUUCAUUAAUGUACCGAUUUGAAAAUUUUCAAUUCUCCCAUGGUUGUUUUAUAACUUUUACCCAUGACUUUUUUUAGAUCUCUUUAUUUACACAUUAGCCUGAUUUUGUCAGGAAUUUUAAGCGGGUGUUGAAUGCCUUUAUAAUUGGUGCUAUUUUUGACAGUUUUAAUAAAUUUGUAUUUUUCUACUUUUUAA